AGGGGAUCCAUGGAGCAUAUCACAGCACUAGUGUUUUCUAUGUCUUCUUGUCCACGAUGCACUUUAGAAUUUCAAUAAGAUGCGUGUGUGUCUCCAGAUAAUCAGUUUCCUCCUCGCCUUAAACUUUUACUACCAGCCGCUCCGAGCUCAGGAUCCUGCCUGUUGCCACCAUGCUGCCGAUUUCUCAUCUUGUAAAGAAGCUUGUGACCAGCUCGCCACUAUAAAGAGUGAGUCUCGUCUGAAGCAUCUCCUCCAGAGGUUACCCAGUUACUGUCCAGAGUCUAUGAAUGAACUGUGGAUGUGCAUCAACACUACACUUCCAGGAGUAUCCAGGAAGUCAGACGGCUGGGUGGGGCUGGGCUGCUGCGAAUUGGCGAUCUCAGCUGAGUGUCGCAGAGAAUGCAGACAGGCAUCAUCUAAAAAUGACAUAACUAAAGUAUGCAAAAAAGUCACAGAGAAUUCCCUCUACAGCUGCAUCACCAAAAAUGAAAUGGGCUCCACAUGCUGCAGCUUUGCAGGGCGUCACACCACCUGCAGGGAGUACUGCCAGGCCAUCUUCAGGACCGACUCAACGCCCACUGUGUCUCAGAUCAAUGCUGUCAAAGAGUAUUGUCAGAGUCACAGCGCUCAGCUGCUCAGCUGUGUCAGCAACUUCACCAAGUCCUACCCCAUACGCAGCCCUAUAGACAGUCUGUACUGCUGUGACCGGGCGGAGGCCACGCACUGCCAGCAAGCGUGCCGGAGAAUCCUUCGCACGAUGAGCACAGAGCACGAGAUCAUGGAGGGUUUGAUCGAGGAGUGCGGCUCCCAGCCCCUCCCCCAGGAACCCAUGUGGCAGUGCUUCCUGGGCAGCGCCCACCCUCCUUCCCCACCCGAAGAGGAGACCCCCCAUCCUGCCAAGAUGGACUGUGCCAAACUUCACUGCUGCUCCAAGGCCAACACCUCACUCUGCAGGGACAUGUGUCAAGAGAUCAGCACUAACUGGGGCAGCCAGACGUGGCAGGACUUCGACCAGCUCUGUGAGUACAACCCAGUGGAGACAGAGCUCAUCAACUGCCUGGCUGAUGUUAGAGAGCCCUGCCAACUGGGCUGCAAGGACCUCACCUACUGCACCAACUUCAACAACAGGCCAACCGAGCUGUUUCGCAGCUGUAACGUCCAGUCGGACCAGGGCGCCAUGAACGACAUCAAGCUGUGGUCCAAUGGGACGAUCAAGAUGCCGUUCAUGAACAUCCCCGUGCUGGACAUCAGGAAGUGUCUACCAGACAUGUGGAAGGCUGUUGCCUGUUCCCUGCAGAUCAAACCCUGCCAUAGCAAGUUCAGAGGGAGUGUCAUAUGCAAGUCAGAUUGUGUGGACAUCCUGACCCAGUGUGGGGACAGGAAACGUUUUCACGAAGGACAAACACCAGAGAGGAUCUGUGAACUGCUGUCUCCCAUUGAUGACCCUGAACGCUGCAUCCCCCUCCACAGAUACCUCACCCCCAGUUCACUAGGCAAUAGCAUUGUUGAGGAGGUUAUCCAUCCAUGCAACCCCAACCCCUGCCCCAGCAACCACUUAUGCCAGGUCAACAGGAAGGGCUGCCUUGAUGAACUCAACUGUCAGCCAUACCUCUGCGUACCAGGCUGUAAACUGGGCGAGGCCUCGGAGUUUCUGGUGCAGCAGGACGCUCGUAUCCAGGUGCCAACUCGCACUGGUCCAGCUGGGUGCUACGAGGUGUGUAGCUGUGGUCCCAGUGGGCGUCUGGAGAACUGUGUGGAGAUGCCCUGUGUGGACACCAAAAAGCCCUGCAUCGUAGGAGGACAGAGGAAGAACCACGGGACGUCUUUCAGGGUUGACUGCCACACUUGUUCCUGCUUCGCUGGCAACACCGUCUGCUCCACCAGAGAAUGUCUCGGAGUCAACUCAGAUGAGGAUCGACGACACUUUACCGGUCUUCCCUGUAAUUGUCAAGACCGCUUCAUCCCAGUGUGCGCCUCCAACGGGCGCACCUAUCCCAGCGCCUGUGUGGCUCGCUGUAUGGGGUUCAAGGACCGUCAGUUUGCCUUUGGCCAGUGCCACCGCAGUAACCCCUGCUCAGACAAGCCCUGCCAGAGAAACCAGAGGUGCAUCCCAAAGUAUCGUGUAUGUCUGAGUGAUUCGUCAGACUGCCCUCAGUACGAGUGUGUUGGUCGGCCGGCAACAUGCGAUAAGAACACCGUGGAGCCGGUCUGUGACACUGACGGCCUGGUCCACCCUAGUCUGUGUCAGCUGCAGCAGGCUGGGAAAACUCUGGCUUACAUGGGCCACUGCCAGGAUGCCUGUAGGACGCCACAGCAGGUUUGCGGUCAUAACGGUGAGACCUACAACACAGUGUGCGACGCCUUCUCUGACAGGGUGGCCGUGGACUACGAGCGCCCCUGUCACGCUGUGGGGGCCGUGUCUGACGUGGCCCCCGACUCCGCCUGCAGUUUGAUUCCCUGUCCACCUCUGUCCACUCCAGGCUGCAACCCUGUCACACCACCUGGAGCAUGUUGUCCAGUCUGUGCCAGCAUGCUGCAGAUCCUCUGGAACAAAGAGCAGAUGAACACUUUCUCUAAGCUGAAUAAGAACCAGCCGGUGACGGUCCACGAUGUGCUGCAGAUCCUGCGGCUUCACGUCUCGGUGCCGCAGUGCGACGUCUUUGGCUACCUGAGCAUCGACCAUCAGCUGGUGGUCCUCAUCGCCCCGGUGGACCAGCAGCCAACACCACUGCAGAUCGAAGCCUGCAGUAAGGAGGCCGAGAAGAUCGAUUCCCUCAUCAACUACGCCAGCCCCACGCUGGUCUCACAAGUGCCCCUUUCUGCCUUCCUCGCCUCCGAGAUCAAGACGUCCUCCAUCCACUCCUCCGGGGACGCUCCGACGUCGCCUCUGCCCCCCGGCUUGUGCUUCCUCCUUGGCCUCCUCAUCGCCACAGCCCCUGGCCUCCACCAGCUCUAAGUGCUUAUUACCCCCCCCCCCCCCUCCCCAGCCUUCCCUCUAAGUAUUCCAAAGUACCCCCCACCCCACCCCUCACCACCACCUAGGAUGACAGGGGUGUCAUGAGGUGAGUGCAUCUGGGCAGGAAGAGGCAGCGGCGCCGUCUUUCGACAAUCAUUCCAAUUUACUCACCUGCGUGUCAAACAAUCAAGGCGGUGGAAAAGCUAUUAUUACGGAAAGCUUUUGUAUGAACAGAUGAACAGUAUUAUUCAGUGGAUGAGUUACUCGCUGGGUUUCCCUCCAGUGAAGUGUGCUUCAGUGUGUGAGCGUGUGUGAAUGUGUGUGUGUUUGACCUUUAAGAGGCAUUUGACUUCAUACCAGCAGUGUUUAUCCAUUAGUCCCAGCAGCAAGCUCUCCUCUGAAAGCUGGGAAGUAAAUUUCAUAACUCACUUUGUCUCUUUGUCUUUUGAGGCUUUGCGUGUCUGUGUUUGUGUCUGUGUUUGGGUGUGUGUGUGUUCGUGCUCGUAUGUGUUCAGUUGGAGUUCGGAGACAGACGAGGACAAAACAUCCCUGCCUGGCAGCACAUCUGUCUGACUAAUUACCCGAAAUUCCCUCGACCACACACACACACACACACACACACAUACACUUUCACACACACUCAAACAAAACGAUUGAUGUCACUAAAUCCAGACUUCUCUGUUAUGCCUGUAUUAGAUGGAGCCUGAUCAGCAUCUAAGUGACACUUUCGAAGCCUCUGACAAAUGAGAAUGCGCAGCCUGUACCGCAGUGCGUCAUGUAUAUACAUGUGAGGUGUAUAUGGACCUAGCGUUUGAACCUCUAACCUCAGCAGUGUUAGUGCCAUGCUCAAUGGACUGAGCCAGCUCAGAUGAAACUAAUCCAGCCUCCAAAGUCACUCGUAACUACUGACCAAACAGAGUGCCCGAAACCUGACCAGACCAAAAGCCAGUCAGAGAGUUCACAUGUUAACAGAUUCAUAUUAACAGAGCCCAGUUUCUGUUCUGUUUCACUCGGCAGUGAACUGAAGCGUAUCAGAGCUGAAAUUUAAAAAAAAAAAAAAAAAAAUUAAAUUUGAAAAUCAGUUUUACCUGAUUUCCCCCCC